GUAUAAAAUCGUCAUCAGAUCUUUCGCUUUCAUUCAGUCUCAUAGUAGUAUUAUCAUAUUUGUUUCUCCAGGGAAUUCCUCUGAGGUGCGUCCCCCAACUGCAGCUGCGUGCGUUUCCUGGGCGAGUUUUUUGUUGGUGUGUGUGCGAUUGAAGGAAGGAGAAGUCAAUGCAGUAGCUCUCUGAGGUUUCGAUUGCGGUAUACUUGCGCGGUGCUGAUUGUAGCUGUUUGAGUGAAGCUGUAUCGGCUACCUUUGGCCUCGGUUUCUGAACUCUGGUAACAUGUCAGGCUUAGAUGUGUUCGACGAGACAAGGGAGAGAAAAGCAGAUUAUGAGAAUUCUGAAGAUGAAAGAAGGAGAUCCAAGAUUGGAGCAUUAAGGAAAAAGGCUAUAAAUGCUUCAAACAAGCUUACUCAUUCUCUCAAGAAAAGAGGGAGAAGGAAAGUUCAUUUUAAAGUGCCAUCCGUUUGCAUUGAGGAUGUUCGAGAUGCAAGAGAGGAGAGUGCUGUCUCUGAACUGCGUCAGAGACUUCUAGACACGGAUUUUUUGCCUGUUAGACAUGAUGAUUACCAUACUUUGCUUCGAUUCUUGAAAGCAAGAGACUUUAAUAUUGACAAGACGAUCCAAAUGUGGGAGGAAAUGCUCAACUGGAGGAGGGACUAUGGAACUGACACUAUAUUGGAGGACUUUGAAUUUGAGGAGCUGGAAGAAGUUUUGCAAUAUUAUCCCCAAGGAUAUCAUGGAGUUGAUAGAGAAGGCAGACCUGUUUAUAUCGAAAGGCUUGGAAAAACCCAUCCAAGUAAAUUGAUGAAUGUGACUUCCAUUGAACGAUACCUAAGAUAUCAUGUUCAGGAAUUUGAGAAGGCCCUGCAUGAGAAGUUUCCUGCCUGUUCCAUUGCAGCAAAGAGGCGUAUCUGUUCAACCACCACCAUAUUGGAUGUACAAGGACUGGGGAUAAAAAAUUUCACAAAGACUGCUGCGAAUUUGCUGGCUUCCAUGGCAAAGAUUGAUACUAAUUACUACCCUGAGACGCUCCAUCGCAUGUACAUUGUUAAUGCUGGACCAGGAUUCAAGAAGGUUCUUUGGCCAGCUGCACAGAGAUUUUUGGAUGCAAAAACUAUUCCUAAAAUUCAAGUAAGUAUAUGCAUCAUUAUGUAUUUCCAUUUCUUCAUUCUUUGCAGCUUCACUUGGUCUGAUAUAUGCUAUCUAUCUGUAUGGCAGGUUUUGGACCCGAAAUCUUUGAACAAGCUAGUUGAAGCUAUUGAUCCAUGUCAAUUGCCAGACUUUUUGGGUGGAUCAUGUGAUUGUGAUAUUGAAGGAGGUUGCCUUAGGUCUAACAAGGGCCCAUGGAAUGAUCCUGAAAUAAUGAAGGUUGUUUAUAAUACAGAAGCAGCUUAUGCAGGGCAGCUUGCUAAAACAGCCAGCGACUCAUAUUUCAUGUACAACACCGAAGCAGCUCAAGCGAGGCGGAUUGCUAAAACAGUCAGCGACUCUUAUGUUCAAAUGAGGUUCUUGCAGGAGAGAUGCAGGGAUCCAUCUGAGGCAGGUUCUGAUGUUAAUGGCACCCGCCCUCCAAUGAAAAAGAAGACCUCAAAGAUUUCGCGGCUGGUCCCUGUUCAAGAAGAUGCCAGUCUGGACACUACACCUUCCAUGGAACAAACACCAGAUGAAUGCAUCUACUACAGCUGUGACGAGCAUUUUGAUCCCAAGGAUGAAGAUGGGGGAGAUACUCUACAAGACAAAAACAAGUCUUUAUUAAACGAUGCAGGAUCAAUCAUGGAAGGUGCUCUAAUUAUGUUCUGGUUGGAUAAGGUUGUGAGGAGCUUCCGAAAUGUACCAAGAAAAUUAAAAUCAAUUAUGAUCAAGCUUCAUGCUCUUCUUCGAAGCAUGCCUGCUGAACAUCGCCACCGUGGUUUGGAAAAUGUACACGAACCUUCAUUCCCCGAGCCAUUAUUAGUUCAUCAAGCGAAAGCAGCUAUGGCCGAAGAGGACAGGGUUCGUCCAUGCGUUCUGCGGCUCCAAAAGCUAGAGAGUUUUCUGGAAGAGCUCAAGAACAAGCCUGCGGAAAUUCCGGUGGAUAAGGAUGAAAUGCUCCAACAAUCAUUGGACAGGAUCAAGAUGGUCGAGUUUGAACUAGAAAACACAAAGAGGGUAUUGCACGCCACAGUGAUGAAGCAAGUUCAGAUUAGUGAGUUGCUCGAAAAUAUGAGGGCAUCUCAAUUGCAGCGAAGAAGAUUCUUCUGCUGAGAGAAGGGGGGAGGAUGAUUUGUUUGUACAUCCAUGGUGUUCUUGAUCUUGAGCAUUGAGACUGAGUGAGUGACUAGGAAGGAUGAAGAAGAAGAAGAAGAAGAAGAAAGAAAAUGCAAUACAGUGGGUG